AUGAAGAACACGAAAGCCAUCACGAAAGCGGACGAGUACCGGUUCAAACUCUCGGACGAGCUGCUACUGAUCGCCAAGGAGGAACUCCGCGAAACGCAAGCCGCACGGGACCAUGCGUUGCAGAUGUUGCGCGAAUGGGCUGAAAAGAAUCCUCGCAUCGUUAAGAUCCGGAUGGACGCAAACUUUUUCCUAAAGUUUCUGCGCGCCAAAAAGUUUCAGAUUCCGGUGGUACAGGAAAAUAUCGAGCGGUAUGUGCUGCUGAAGAAUGCGUUCGAGGGUGCGUUUAAAAAGCUUGACUGCCGACUGCCCAAAAUGGCCAAGUUAAUCGAUGACGGGUACAUGUUUGCACUGCCUGAACGCGACCGUGAGGGUCGGCGUGUGAUUUUUUACCGCCCGGGUGUGUUCGAUCUGCGCGAGUAUACUAAUGCGGACAUGCUGAAGAUUCACGGCAUCUGCUACGAAACGCUGAUGGCUGAUGAGGAGAAUCAGAUAAGGGGUUUCAUACAUGCGGGCGUUGGUACCGGUAUUGGAUUGCCGUACCUAACGCUGUUCACAAUCAAGGAAGCGGUAAGGAUCGCAAAAAAUGGCGAAAAGAUCCUGCCGAUGCGGCAUCGCGAGAUGUACGGGUGCAACAUCAACCCGGCAAUGAAGAUGGCGGUCGACUUCGGCAUGUCGUUGAUAUCGCAGAAGCUGCGUGAACGCAUACGGCUGUACACGGACAUUAAAGACAUCGAGCUGGAGAAACGCCUGCUGCCGAAGGAGUACGGCGGUGAGAUGCCGAUGGCGGAGAUGAUCCGGUUGUGGAAGCAGGAGCUCGAAGCGUACCGUUCUCGGCUGCUGGCGGACGACGAGAUGUCGGUAAACCUGAGCAUGUACUCGGACGCGGCAAAGGAAGGUUCGGUCGGUGCGCUAAAGCAGCCACUGAACGGGUGCACCGGAGCAAGCGAUAAUUCGACGUACGGGUUGGCCGGCAGUUUCCGAAAGCUGGAAGUGGAUUGA